UGUAACUAUACGGCUAAACCGUCCAAGUUGUUUCUGGUCUAUUGCGCACUAAACCCGAAGCACACUAAAAUGAAGUUGGGCAAAAGCGUUUGCAUCAUCAAUGUCGGAGGCACCAAGUACGCUCUUCCGAAAGACGUUAUCAAAGAUUUUCCUUUACGCCGUGUUAGUCGUCUCCACAAUUGCGCGUCGGAGAGGGAAGUGCUUGAAGUCUGUGAUGACUACGACCGGGAGAGGAACGAGUUCUUUUUUGACAGACACUCCGAGGCGUUCGGUUUCAUUAUGUUGUACGUGAAAUACGGCAAGCUGAGGUUUGUGCCCCAGAUGUGCGAACUUUCCUUCUACAACGAAAUGGUCUAUUGGGGCUUGGAAAGCUCGCACCUGGAGUUUUGCUGCCAGCGGAGACUGGAUGACCGCAUGUCGGACACCUACACGCACUUUCCCGAGGAGGACCACAAAGCUAAGGAUGACUUUAGGGGCGAGGGCGAGGACGAGCCAGCGCGUCAGGGCGAUUCCAAGUGGUUAGAGAGAAUGCGCAGGACGUUUGAGGAGCCCACGUCCUCGGUGGCGGCACAAAUUUUGGCCUCGGUGUCCAUGAUUUUUGUCAUUGUCUCUAUGGUGAUGCUUUGCGCAAGCACUUUACCGGACUGGAAAACAGCUGAGAGUAACGUCAGGAGUCUGGACACAUACACGAGGUAUGCUGUAAAUGGUGCAAGAAAACCCAAAGGGAUCAUCGAGGCCGUGUGCAUCGGCUGGUUCACCGCCGAGUGCAUCAUCCGCUUCCUGGUGUCGCGGGACAAGUGCGAGUUCGUGCGGCGGCCGCUCAACGUCAUCGACCUGCUGGCCAUCACGCCCUACUACAUCUCGGUGGCCAUGACCGUGCUGACCGGCGAGAACUCCCAGCUGCAGCGGGCCGGCGUCACGCUCCGCGUCCUGCGCAUGAUGCGCAUCUUCUGGGUCAUCAAGCUGGCGCGCCACUUCCUGGGCCUGCAGACGCUGGGCCUGACGCUGCGCCGCUGCUACCGCGAGAUGGUCAUGCUGCUGGUCUUCAUCGCCGUGGCCAUGGCCAUCUUCAGCGCCCUGGCGCAGCUGCUGGAGCACGGCCUGGACCUGGAGGCGGGCAACGAGGACUACGCCAGCAUCCCGGCGGCGUGCUGGUGGGUUAUUAUCUCCAUGACCACCGUGGGCUAUGGAGACAUGUACCCCAUCACCGUGCCGGGGCGCGUGCUGGGCGGCCUGUGCGUGGUGAGCGGCAUCGUGCUCCUGGCGCUGCCUAUCACCUUCAUCUACCACAGCUUCGUGCAGUGCUACCACGAGCUCAAGUUCCGCUCGGCAAGGGUCACGCGCACCCUCUCCGCCGAGUUCAUCAACUGA